AUGGAAAGCCGUAUUGCUGAUCUCGAUGCAGAAGCUGUGAAACGGAACGCUGCUACUACUGCAAAUGAUGGCGAUACAACGUAUGAUAAGGCUCAAAUGGGUAUAAUUGGACCCAGUUGGACAGGUUGUACGGGCCAAGGAGAAUAUAAAUGUCCUGUUAGUGGAUUUGAUCAUCAUCCAGAUGAACUCAAAUGCUACUAUUGCCGAAAACAUUAA